CUGAGGAAACUGAACGCAACAUGGUGUAUAGUUCGGCUUAUAGAAGGGCCUACAGAAAACCUCUGUGGGAUGAUUACGGCAAAGAAGAAUUUAUUAGCAAGUUGCAGUAUAGGUCAGAUCGAAGGUCAAUAGAACAUCGUCAUCAGCCUUGGGGAUGGGACAGCGAAGAGGAAGAUGUGGAAGAGAUUCCGGCAGACGAUGGCAGUUAUGAUGGGGGACGCCGUGACUUUCAUUUGGACGAGAAAAAAGCUGAUAAAAGACCGCCAAAGAACGCUUGGGAAGAAAAGAAAGAUUUCAGAGAGAACGAUGAUGCUGGAUGUGGCUUACCUUUGCCUGAAAGACUAAAAUUUGAUGAGGGAGAGACAGAAGAAAAACCAAAACAUACAAGAUCUGCUGAGGACGCGAGACCAAAGGAAGGUGAGUCUCGUGGUCGCAAAUAUCACAGACAUAAACAUCACAGAUCGUCGAGAGAUAAAAAGAAACAGCAAUCGCGCUCAAAUUCACCGGAUAAAAAUCCAAUCUCUGGGGAUAGAGGAGAGAAAGCGCCUUUUCUACCUUACGGAAUGGCUAACGAAGGACCUGUAGACAUGUGGAAAACUCAUAAUGUGCUGGCUUCACAACCAGAGGUGUAUCCUGCUGCUCUUCGUGCACAGAAAAGGAGACAACAAGAGAUUAAAAAGAAAGCUCAACUCCGAGAAGAAGCAGUGAAGAGGAAGGAAACGCCAGCACAUUUUGAUGCAGAUGUUGCAUUUCCUAAAACCUGGUGGAUGACAGAGUACCAAAGAAACUUUUGUAAAGAAGAAGAUGUCAAGAGACGCUUUUUGAGAUAACAUGUGAAGUACAUUAAAUGGCUGUAUGCGUGACAUUUCAGUGUGUGUCAACCAUCACAGUCAAAAGUAUUUGUUCCUAACAAUAGAGAACAGUGAUUAUGACAGCCAUGCUGUACUACUUGAUCAAGCAAACUGGUGCAAACUACAUGGGCUGAAAAUAGAUGCAUAGAUUUAAACAUCUGUCAGCAGCUUUUUUAAAUGUAGUCUGUGCUUCAAAAGAGUAAUCAUUUUUUACUCAAUUAAACUUGAAAAUUUUGUGAAAUAACCUGACAUGAAUGCCGUUUGAUUAUCUGUUAAUCCCCUAGUGCUGCAUGGCGCAUCCUUCCUGCCUAUCUAUAUGAAGAGUUUUCAUAGGAACAUUUCCGCAAGCAGCUUUUGUUACCAAGUUUCACGGGUGAGGUAAGCUUUGAUGCUCUUAAGUACAGCAACUGUAACCACCUCUCAAUUACUUCACUUCUUUGGUAAGAACUGUGUUUUACCGAAAAGAAAGCAUUACUAAAUCAGCAAAAGCCUAUUGCUUAAAUGCAUGAGGCAAUGUACAGUAAGAUUAAAUCAAGGAGCCAUAUGGCAAAUGUAUAAUGUUUGCCAGUGCCAUACCACAGAAACUAACACAAUGUCCUCCUCCCCUCUUUUAUGGCAAUUUACGUAAUUGUUACAUAUCUUUGCAGUAAUUGAUUUUUGCAAUUGUCGAAAAAUCACAAAAUUAAUGUAGAUAAUAUUAGAUUUGUGAAAAUUAACCUUGCAAAUUUCAUACACUUCACUAGCAGUGAGGAAAAGUGGUAUGUUUCCAAGAGAUGGAAGAAAGCAGGAAUUGUUGGCGUAGUUAACGGUUAGUCAGCUAUUCCUCUUGAGGAUCCGGUUCAAAGAAAUUGACUGUGUCCUUCAGCUUACAGCUGUUUGUCACGCACUCUUGAUUUCUGUAGCUCUGCUUUGUCGCAAAGGAACAUCAAUUGUUUCCUGUUUUGUUUUGUUACAAUAUGGUUCGUUCAGUGGUAGUAGAAACUGUUAUGGAAAAUUAAAAUCAGUUGUGUCAGUUCUGAAAAUCAA